GUAAACCUUCUGCGCUCAUCAAAAAUCCAUCUUUGCCCCCCUUUUGUGUUCCCCCUAUUUCUCACGCGCCAAGGAACCCUAGACUCUCGCUCUCUCUCUCUCUCCUCUCUCUCUCCUCUCUCUCAUACACAGCGAGAGAGAAAGAGGGAGUGGAUCUUCUCUCUCCCCGGCCGAGGGGGUUGAUGGCGUUGGUGAGAUGAAGACGGUGUGUCGGAUGGUUGAUCGUAGUCGGUGAAAAGAACCGUUUUUUCUCUCGCAUUUGGCCAAAUCGUCGAACCUCCCUUCUCCUCGAAUCUUCUGUCGUCGGCUUAUAUGGAUGACGACGGCGGAUUAGGCAUCCGGAAUUGGGGCUUCUAUGAGCCGCCAAUGAAGGGAAACCUUGGGCUGCGGCUCAUGCCUUCUGUGAUGGAGCGUGAUGCCAAGCCUCUUUUGUCGAGUGGUGGGUUCAUGCGUCGGCAAUGUGGCAUUCCGGAGCCAUCGGUCCCUCCAAACUUUGUUAGGGACGGAUGGCGCCACCAUGGCAACGACAGUAGCAAGAAUGACCUUCUGAGAGACGGGUGGAUUCACCAUAACAGCGAUAAUGACAAGAACUUCCACAUUUUUCCUGUGAACCACCAGCACCACCCUGGUUAUGGUGUCAUCCCCGAUCCUCCCACCGGCCACAACCUCCAGAUGCUGCAACAUCCAGAGCCACAACCCAAGCAUGAUAAGGUUUUGACGAUGGAGGCCAAUGGUGCUAAAGAUGAAUCCCCUUUAAAGAAGAGGUCCAGGGGUCGGCCACAGAAAUCACCAAAGCCGAAGAAGCCUAAGAAAGCCGUAGCACCAAGCGAUGAUGUUCUCAAUGGCUCGCUUUCGCACGAGAAGGGUGGAAGGAAGAGCACAGGCAUGGUCAUUAAUGGGAUUGACUUUGAUAUCUCGAGGAUCCCAACUCCGGUAUGCUCUUGUACAGGAAAGCCACAACAGUGCUACCGUUGGGGCAUUGGAGGGUGGCAAUCAGCAUGCUGCACCACCAGCAUUUCGAUGCACCCCCUUCCGAUGAGCACCAAGAGGCGGGGGGCACGCAUUGCUGGUCGAAAGAUGAGUCAGGGUGCAUUUAAGAAGGUUCUGGAGAAGCUUGCUGGAGAAGGGUAUAAUCUCAGUAAUCCAAUUGACUUGAGGACAUUUUGGGCCAAGCAUGGCACCAACAAAUAUGUGACUAUCAGGUGAUGACACAUUAUGUUGGAUGGCUAUCGAUCUUUACCUCAGCAUUGGAUCUUUGCUUCCCUUUGUGUACAUUAAUCUGUACCUGCAAAGGUCCUCUGGAGCAGUCUGAGUGCAAUUUUCUGUAUCAGCAACCUUGACAUGGUGUUUGAGGUUCCGACACUCGGGCUCUGUGGGUAUCUUGGCUUCUUCCAUUCUCACCAAAACUUGUACGUUUAAUGGAAACAAUGCUGCCUAGGUCAAAUGACUUUCUCUUCAAAUGCAUAGAACUUUUCCUCA